CAUGUUUCCUGAUAUGGAGUGAGAGGAGAAAGAUAGAGGACAACAUCAACCACUCCAAAGAUUUAUAUAUACAUAUAAAUCCCCAUAUCUUUGCAACCAAACCCAACAAUCUUUGAAAACAAAUAACCCUUUCGUUUUAUUUAUAUUUCUUGGGGUCGUUCUUGAUUGUAUACUAGAGGUAGAGAGAGAGAGAGAGAUUUGUAUGUGUUUAUUAAUGGAGAGUAACACUACCAAUGGUAAUAAUCAGAAGGCAAAGAUGAGUCUUGUGUUGUCAACAGAUGCUAAGCCCAGAUUGAAAUGGACUUGUGAGCUUCAUCACAUAUUCAUUGAAGCCGUUGAUCAACUCGGUGGACCAAACAAGGCAACACCUAAAGGUUUGAUGAAGGCUAUGGAGAUUCCUGGCCUUACUUUGUAUCAUCUGAAGAGCCAUUUACAAAAAUAUCGACUAGGAAAGAGCCUGAAGUUUGAUGAUAACAACCUCGAAGCAGUUUCCUCUGCUUCAGAAACCCAAGAAGCUGAUAGUAAAAACGACUCUACAGAUUUCAGAGGCAGUGUCAACGUAGAAAACAACAAUCCAGCUAACGAAGGCGUGCAGAUCACGGAAGCUUUACAACUGCAGAUGGAAGUUCAGAAGAAACUACAUGAACAAAUCGAAGUUCAGAGGCAUUUACAAGUGAAGAUUGAGGCACAAGGCAAGUAUUUACAGUCAGUAUUACUGAAAGCUCAACAAACUCUCGCUGGCUACACAUCUUCCACUCUUGGCAUGGACUUUGCGAGAACCGAACUCUCUAGAUUAGCUUCAAUGGUGAAUCAAAGUUCUUCGUUCUCGGAGGUAACACAAGUGGAAGAAUACGAAGAAGCAGAGGAUGUUGAAGACGGAUUCUUGUGGUGCAAGAAACCAGAAAACAGAGUAAUUACACAGCCAAGACGGUCAGUUGAAAGCUCGUUGACAUCUUUGGAGAGCUCAGAGACGAAACUGAAUAACAAUAACAACGAGAGGGUAUCAGUGGAGCUUCCGUUGAUGGAGAUCAAAUCAGAAGUGCUGACGGAGAAGAAUAAGAAGAGAAACUUAAACGACAUCGUUUUCCUGGAAUGUCAGCCUUCAAAUAAGAGAAAUUUUGGAGCUGCUGAUGAUGAUGAUGAUGAGCAGCACCUGAAGUUGAGUUUGAAUAGUUACAAGAAAGACAUGGGGACGUGGCCGAACAUAGGACUAGGGUUUAAUUGAAAAAAGUAUUCAUUUAAUAUUAUAAGUGGUUUUAAAAAGUCCUAUGUAUCUGCGUAGAUUUCCAUAUAUAUAACUUAAAGUAGAGAUUUUGUGAGAAA